AUGGCAAAAAUCAUUGUUAAAGGUCCCACUUUUCAAAGUCAGAACGUGUCCAUAGUGCAUGAAAUGGGAUGCCGAUAUACUAGCAAGAAGUUAUUGGUUACCCUUCGGGUAGAUCCCAAUAAGUUAAAAAGUAUCAAGAAUGGCAGCACAAAAGAGAAACCUCUCCCGCAUAACGGGGAAGAAGCUAGUGAUUCUGAUGUUCUGGUUAGCUUGAGUGAUAUUCUUAGAAGUCCUCUGGAAGGGCUGAAAACGGUAGCUAUAGAUAAACCUGAAAAAGUAGUAAACGAUACAGGACUACCAAAUUUACAGUCAACAGCGAACAACAACACAUCUUCGAAUGACAACAAUCCUGCAGCCACUAUUACAAGUAGUCCUAUUCAAAAAAAUGAUAUACAAGUUGACUCAAAUUCAAAAUCAAAUGAAAAAAUCGAUGAUGAUGAUUUAGAUAGUGAACUUAGUUCCAUUGAUGACGAGUUGAUGAAUUUCCUAACGCAGCAUUCUGUUUUACAAUCAAAUGGCAAGCCAUUGCUUCCGACAAAUGCUUUAAAUGAAACGAAUACAGAAUCAACACCAACUUCCACUUCAAAAGACAAACCACCGCCGGAAACAAAAGACAGCGAGCCCUCGAAGAAAAGAAAGUUGGAAGAUUCCAAGACAGAAGAUGAUGAUUUUAAACCACUACCCAUAAAUGUUUCGCCUAUGAUCAUUAAAGAAUUGAAAGCCAUUGAUGAGGACGAUGAUUUUGGGUCCGUUGAUAGAAUAAUAUUUGCAUUAAAUGAUCCACUAGGAGGUGGUAGAAUAAAUCUUCCAGUUAAGUCAGCGGCAUGUGUACAUUUUGAAUGUUUUGACUAUGAGAACUUUUGCCUAUUUAACAAAAUUUCUAAAAGUACUAAAGAAGCAAUAAAGAGAAUGUUGAUUAGAAAUAAUCGUGAUAAAUUGACUCAACACCAAAAUAAGAUGAACCAACAACCUCAACAAAAGAAACAACCUGACAUAACCGACCAAUUACUACAACAACAGGCUAGACAAUGGACGAAACAAGAUGGAUAUCAAGCACAACCAGGGCAACAAGCAAAGCCUAAUCCUUCUCAGCAGCAAGUAGUACUCCCCCAUAUUGCACCACCACAACCACCAACAACAAUGCAAUCCCAACCCCAAGCACAGGCGCAAAUACCAGGGCAGACACAAUUACAGGCUCUGCAGAUAUAUCAACAACCACAACUACAAGUAAAUUCACCAGCUGAACCACUAUCACUUUUCUCACAUUUCCCGGUUCAGUUUCCUCAAAAUCAACCUGAUAUGAUGCAAAAUCCUCAACAGCAAGCACCACAGUUUCCUGUGUUACUUAAUCAAGCUACGCAACAACAUCAGCAGCAGCAUCCACAACAACUUCCACAUAUAUCGCAACAGUUUCGUCAAAUAGCACCCAAUAUUCAACAGCAAAAUCAAGGUCCACAAUUGUCACCUGUUCGGAUGCAACAAUUUCCAGGAAACCAAGGACCUCCGGAACAAGUCAGACAACAGAUGCAAUUUAUUCGUCAACAGCAAUUUGCACAAGUCGCUGCGAUGCAACAUCCGCAGAACCAGAAUCCAAAUAUGAUGCCGUAUGGUAUGGCUAAUCAACCUUUGCAACCACCACCUCCUGGUCUUUACGGAAAUGCCAAUUCUACUGGUUCAAUUAAACCUAAUGGAUACCCGGGAUGUCCAGGUGCAACUAUGCAAAAUGAUCCAAAGUAUUUAUUAUAUCUCCAGCAACUUCAGAGGCAGCAGCAUGCUCGAUUGAUGGCAAAUCAACUGCAAAAUUCACGAUCUCAGAAUGUUCAUGCUGGCCGAGGUGGUCAAACUUUGCAAAUUCUUAAUAAUCCUAAACCCCAGUAUUCGACAAGAUUUGUUAAUCCACAUAGUAAUGCACCAAUGUAUACUUGUCCAAUUUGUGAUACGAAAUUUCCUAUGGCGUCAUUGACGAUUAGUGAUGGAUUUAAUUUCUUUAUAAAGAGUGCUCCAAAGAACAUUGAUAGAGUUGAGGUCUUGGUUGAAAGUGAAAAAUAUAGAUUGAUUGAUGAUGCUAUGACCAGAUAUAUACCGAAAAAGAAAGCACACAAAUCUGGUUCACCUGAAGAUGAAGCAGAAGAAGAUGAAGAUGAAGUUAUUGUACUCUUAAGUUCUGAUGACGAAGAUGAUGAUCAAGAAGGAAAUAACACAGCAUCAAAUGGGACGACAAAUAAUGCGCUUACUGGAAACAACAAUGACACAAGUAAUCAAAAUUCUAUUCAAAAUGCAACUCAAACUACAGCACCUACAGCAUCUCAGACUACUAGUCAGACAGUCUCUCAGAAUAGCACUCAGACUACAUCUCAAACUAGACCUCAGAAUACUCCGCAUACUAGAUCUCAAAAUUCAAACAGGAGGACUGUUAAAAAUAAUGUGAAUAAAAGUAGAAAAGGUAGCAGAAAUGGUAGUUCCAUCAAUGGACUUCAAGAUUUAGAAGACAAUAGUGUUUUUGAAGAAGCAGCACGAAUGUUGAACGAGAAGUUCCAAAACAAUGGGACUGGUUCAAGUUGGGAUGAUCCUGUAGUUUUAGAUUAG